CUCCAGUGCAUAACCCGGGUUUAUCAAAGACUCGGCAGCGUGGUGGUGCAGACUGCAGGCAAGAGAGGCAAGACAGCAUGAAGAGGAAACUACAAAUUAUAGUGGGGACUAAUGAAGAAUUUGUCCUGGGUUAUGACGUUACCCAGAACGAGGAUGGGAGGGUAUCCUUGCACCAGUUCUUUGCUGACCACUCCCACAAUGGUAGUGUACGCCAGGUAGCUGUUGGAGGAAAGAUCCUUGCGUCUGGUGCUGCAGAUGAAACGAUCAGAGUAUUUAAUCUUUCAACUCGCACAGAGGUUGGAAUCAUCAUGGAACACCAAGGAACCAUUUCUAGUUUGGGCUUCCAUGAGACAACUCAUCUUUUCUCUGCAGCGGAGGAUGGAAACAUUUGCAUUUACAAGCAAGGAAAGUGGCAGUGUGAGAAAACGCUGCGUGGCCACCGUGGGGGUGUGGUGGACCUGGCGGUGCAUCCCUCAGGCAAGAUGGCACUCUCUAUUGGGCGAGACAAUACCCUACGCACUUGGAACCUCAUCAAGGGCAGGAAGGCAUACAUCACCAAGCUCAAAGGAGCUGCUGAUGCUGUUCAUUGGAAUCCAAAGGGAACACAGUACCUCCUUGUGAAGGGAAGUUGUGUUGAUGUCUAUGAAGUUGACACUGGGCGUGUGGAACACUCCAUUGACUUUAAGGAACAUAUUUCUGCUCUAACAUUUGUUACGGAUGACAUCAUAGCUGUUGGUGGUGAAGGAAAAAACAUCUGCCUUUAUGACAUAGCUACCAAGAUAGAGAUGGGACAAUGGGCAGCCCACGCUUCCCGUGUGAAGUGUUUGUGCACCCUCCCUGGUAUAGCUGCAGAGGAACUCUGGCUCGUGUCAGCUUCUUCAGAUGGCAUUAUAAAAGUCUGGAGUUUGGAGUUGUUGUCUCUCUGCUCGGAACCAAAACUUCUUGGUGAGGUCAACACAACAUGUCGCAUAAUUUGCAUGGAUGUUUACCAACCGGCCUGCACACCUGCCCUGGACACAGACCCUGCUGGCUUAGAUGAAUAUGCAAGUUCAGAGGAAGAGAAAGAAAUCGAGGAAGAGGAGGAGGAGGAGGAGUAUAAGGGGAUAAAGAGAGCAGAACAGAAAACUCCAUCCAAGUUAAAGUUGGAAAGGAAAAAACACAAAAGAAAUUCACAAGGUCUUAGCAGCAAAACCAAGAAAAUAAAAUUUAAGUAAGUUUUAUGUAAUAAAUGUAUCUUUGUA